UUAUAGUUUUAGUUUGUUUCAUUUUUUUUCAAGUAAUGAACAUUUUUUUAUAGUUUCAGCUGACAGUAAUACCACUGGCAUGCAUGUCUGCGUAUAUAAAUACAUGUGAGAGCGUGUGUAGAAAAGGGUUUAAUGACUUUGCAGUGAUUCCAUUACUUAUCUGCAUUAACGGCUUUGGUUUAGCUGUAGUGACAAUGACAGCUGUUUGUGCAAACGUCACUCUGAGCGUUUUCACGUCUGUAUCUCAUCCUAAACCAGACUGCAGGACGAUUCAGAGCUCAAAACCGCAGCUAAAUGGACAAACCCAUUGAUGGAAUGAAACGUUAAGAAUCUAAAUAUGUUUCUCUUGAGACAGAACAUCUCAAAGCAGCACGCAAGCAGUGACGUCGCACCAAGAACCACCGGACGCAAACCCAACUCCGAUGACUCCAAGAGACAGAUCCGACGAAAAGCCAGCUGUGUUGAGAAUUUAUCGUCGGUUGAUCGAAUCCGUAAACAUGCGACCAGGCAUCUAGGCUACAGCACACUCAGCCUGGCCAUGCGAGGUCUGGAGGAGAUGCCAGAUGAAUUGUGGGAGCUCCAGGAGCUCCAGAAGCUCAACCUCUCUUUGAACGCCCUCUCUGUUCUCCCAUCCAACUUGGAGAACCUGGAGAACCUGGUGAUACUUAACGUGUGGGGGAACGAGCUGCUCAGCCUCCCGCCGGAGAUCGGGCGGCUCAGGAAGCUGCGAGUACUCUUCGCCCACAGGAACCGGCUGAGUGAUGUUCCUGAGGAACUGGGAUGCUGCUCCAACCUGGAGGUCCUAAGUUUGGCCAACAACCAAAUCAUCACACUUCCCAACAGCCUGUUGGAGCUGCGCCGGCUCACCAAGCUCAACCUCAGCCACAACCACAUCCGACACAUUCCGGCCUGCGUCUACAGCAUGAAAAGCCUGAUCUUCCUGCAUCUAGCCAACAACCGUUUGGAGAACCUGGCUGAUAAGAUCCAGGAGCUGGUGAAGCUGAAGAUCCUGAUUGUGGAACAGAACUCACUGCACGCUCUUCCCAGGACGCUGUGCUGCCUGACGGGGCUGGAGCUGCUCAACGUGGACUUCAACCGGCUGCAGAGCAUUCCAGAUGAGAUCUACAAGCUCCACAGGCUGGAGAAGCUCGCCUGCCAUCCGCUGGAUAAAGGCCUGCAUAUUGUCCACAACCCACUGGUCAAGCCCAUUAAAGAGGUUCUGCAGGGAGGUCUAAAGGCACUUUAUAACUACCUCAAACCUGCAUGAAGAUCAUUCACAAAGAAGAUGCAAAUCGGAUUGCUUUUUGUGAAUCAGUGCAAA